CUGUUCUCCAGCUGUUUUUUUUUGCCGCCACUAUUUACUUUAUUCUAUUUAUUAUUUAGCAAUUCCAAUUCACUGAGUAUGUCACUGUUUCCCGCUUAUGGCGGAGCCAAGCCACCUCCAGCCGUCAAAGAAACAAAGACUGAAGAAACCACACAGGCGGCGGCUGCAUUCUCAGACGGAUACAAAGCCACAGCGGAGGGCUGGAAAACCAACAUAAGUUUCGAUCUGGGCAAUCAGACGAUAGCUGCCGAAAAAACUGCAUCGCACAGCCCACCGCCAGAUACCUCCAGCGAGGAUGAGGACACCUCGAGAGAGGUCAGCCCAAAGCCUCCGGAACAGAGAGAAACAAUUCCCUUACGCCGACUGGAGUUCGAUGCCAGCGACGGCUUCUACGUGGACAAGCGGAACAAUCCCAGCUACCUGACGAUCAAGAGCCUGGCUCGCCCCUCCCGACCCCGCUACAAACCAAAGCUUGGACGGCUCAGGGAUGGCAGUCAGAACUUUAACGGGUUUGUGCAUCAUCGGAAGGUGGAUUGGAAGAGCUGCCGCUAUGGCAAAAAUGUCGCGAGAGAGAGCAAAGUGACGCCGGAGGAGAUUGACGAUUUGCGGACGGAGCUCAAUGAGUGCAGGGUGCUGGUAGCCAGGGAACCGCAGCAAUUGGAGCACUGGAUACGGCAACACAAGCUCCUGGGCCGUAAUCCGGAUAGGGCCAAUCGUCUGGCUGUCUCCGAGCAGCAGCUGCACUCGCUGAAACUGGCCCUCGAGCAGCAUCCCUCCAACGAGGAGGUUCUCCAGCUGUACAUCGAGACGGCCUCUGCCACCUAUCCGGCCAGUCAGGUCGCUCUGUUAAUCGAGCAAUUGCUUCAACGGAAUCCCUUCGAGUACACACUGUGGACGGCCCUGAUCAUGGCCACCCAGGGUACCAUGGCCAGAUGCAAUGCGAAUGAUGUGAUGCGCAUCUACGAAAACAGCAUGCGACGCAUGCACCUUGGCCACACGGACACCACCAAUAAGUUUGACACUCUCGACACAGACCCCAUAAUGCUCAAAUUGUUCCACAACUGUGCACUCUUCCUGCGCCAGAUGGGCCACAGCAACCGGAUGUUCGCCAUGCUCAAGAUGGCCCUGGAAAUGAAUGUGAUGGGGCUGGAGGUGGACUGCCUGGUGGCGGAGGCAGGACGCGAGAAUACACUCAUUGAAUUCGAGGAGGUGGUACUGGAGUCUGGCAUGCCGCUCCCGGAGAUAUGGACGCGCGUAGAGCUGCUCCGUCAGGCGUACUGCUAUCUGCCCUACCCUGCCCUGGGUAGUAGCUCCGGCACAGAUGACGGGAUCGAUACGGAGCGGCUGGUGUUCAGCGCGGACGUCUGCUCGUAUGUCUACCCGCUAAAGUCGCAAUGCAAUCGCCUGCAUCUAUAUUUGCUGAUCGUGCAGGUGACCAAGAUUCCCGUCGUGCGCAGCCACUGUCUUGCGGAUCGCCUGUGCACGCGCAUCAAACAGAUUGGCGAGUCGGAAGCGGUCGAGAUGAUGCUGGCCGUGCUGGCAGAUCGUCAUACGUACAUCUCUUCCGCCAAGUACGCCGGUAACUUCUCGGUGGCCUUGCUCAACCUGGCUCGCGAAAUGAGUGUGACGCCCAGCUUUAUGCCGCAUUUCUUGGGCAGCGACCUCUACGAGGAUACCGUCUCCGGCCUGCUUCUCAAGUGCAGCGAGGCCUUUGCCCACGAAGAGAACUCACGCAGGAUUUUCAUUCUGCUGUGGUUUCGCUUUAAGCGGCUCCUCCUGGUCAUUCGCAAGCUCAUGCAAAAGCUAACCGAAGAGUACCUGAAGGAGGCCCGCCACCGCAUCCGACAGCUGCUGCGCCAGGAGGAGAAUCGUGAGGUCGCCCGUUUCUUCACGGAGCUGGCCAUGUUCGAGUUCGAGGCUCUGGAGUGGGACAGCGAUCCGGCGCCAGCGUUUAACGUGUUCCGGCACGUAGUCGACUGGCAGAGGAGCUCCGAAGAGAGCCUCGUCAAUCCAGAUCUCAUGCACGUCUACGUUACCUACGCCGAGAUGCUGAUCUCGCGCAAUCAUGGGAGGGAUGCCCUGGAAAUGCUCGUGUGCGUAUGCCUGCAAAAGCAUGCACCUCUCAACCCGGAAGAGACCGCCGAUAAAUCCGCAGCCCUUCAGAACAGCAUGAAGGUAAUCCAGACGGAGCUUGAACUACUCACCUCCGCGGCCCCGACAAUGGCUCUGGAGGAGUUCUUUACGUCCAACAAGCUGCUGCUCGGGCUGCGCUGCCACUGCCUAACCCUUUGCCUGUUGAGCCGUGCCGACGAAGCCGAUCAGCUGCUUCACGCUCUUCUAAAGGACCACUUGAGCCGAGACAAAGGCCAGACCAGCGAGCGAAUUCGGUUCCUGCGCGAGCAGCUGCUGGAGUUGCACAUGGUAAUCCUGCAGGUGCCAAACUCUGUGGUAGCCAAAGACUUGUCGGAGCCAAGUAAGCCAACUGUAAGAAGCAGCAGGCAACUGGUGCAGCUGCUGGAGCAAGGACUGGAAGAGUUCCCGCGCAAUAUGGCCCUGCUCGGACGCUGGGCCACCUUUGACAAGCUGCCCUGGUACAAGCAGCGGGCCCGCUUCAUCCGCACCAAGGGCGGCAUUUUGUCCGUUCUCCAUCUGGUGUUAGCUGCACGCUGCCGCUACGUCCUUAGCUUGGAGCAAUCUGGAGGACUGGAGGCUGCUGUGGGUCAGCAGGCGCCUCACCUUCAUGUCGCCGUCCAGUUAGCGGCACGGAAUCGGGUGAUACACGUGUUCGAGACAUUUCUACCUACGAAUGUGAAUCGAUCGGAGAUCGAAGCCGAGCAGUACCAGAUACUCAGGCGGAACUCACUUUACUGGCGCUGCUACCUCCGCUGUCUAUCCGACAAGUACACCAGCUUUGAUCGGAGCAAAGAGGUCCUCCUGACCGCCCUGGACGAGUGCCCCUGGGACAAGGCCCUCUACAUGGAUGGGGCCAUGUACGUUCCGCAGGAGCUGGGACACCUGCAGGACGUAAUGAUAGAGAAGCAGCUGCGCAUCUACGCCAUGAUUGAGGAGCUGGACAUUCUCAGAGACUCCUAGCAUCAAUAUUUUCGACGAUUAUUGUGCUUUCAGUGUCCCUAGCGUACGUACAUCUGUAAUUUGUAUCCCCUUUUCAGG